CAGCAGCGGAGCCGUGAUUUCCUGAGCGCGGUCAUGGCGCGCGGAGAGCCGCAGGAGCGACGCGUAAGGAGAGCGCGCGCGAGGACGCGGGAUGAGAACGGGGCGCGUGUCCGCCAGUUCGUGUGAACGCGCGUGCGAACGACGGCGCCGGCUGGCUGGCUGGCUGGCUUGGGGAGCGCGAGCUUAAACGCGAGGAAGAACGAACAGCUUUAAAACAGCAACCGAGAAAAGAGAGCGCAGUGUGUCCCGGCGAGGAAUUAAAGCGUCCCGGUGCGGACCGCCAUGCCUGCGCGCGGGAGGCGGAAAAGCCCAGCGGCGGCGGCGGCGGCGGCGGCGGUGGAGUCUGGAGGGGAAGGCGGAGAAGCCAUGGCAGCUAAAAAGAUGUUGAAGUGUGUGGUGGUCGGGGACGGAGCGGUGGGGAAAACGUGUUUGCUGAUGAGCUACGCUAACGACGCCUUCCCUGAGGAGUACGUGCCAACCGUUUUCGACCAUUACGCAGUAAACGUAACUGUAUCCGGCAGACAGCACUUGUUGGGGUUGUACGACACUGCUGGGCAGGAGGACUACAACCAGUUGCGGCCACUUUCCUACCCCAACACUGAUGUUUUUCUCAUCUGCUUCUCUGUGGUCAACCCUGCUUCCUACCACAACGUCCAGGAAGAGUGGGUGCCCGAGCUCAAAUCUUGCAUGCCUCAUGUGCCAUAUAUCCUUAUAGGCACACAGAUUGACUUGCGAGAUGAUCCAAAGACACUGGCCCGCUUGCUCCAAAUGAAGGAGAAACCACUGACCUAUGAGCAAGGCCUCAAGCUGGCCAGAGAGAUUGGAGCACAGUGCUACCUCGAGUGUUCAGCACUGACACAGAAGGGACUCAAGACGGUGUUUGACGAGGCCAUCCUGACAAUCUUCAGCCCCAAGAAACAGAAGAAGGGCUGUGUGCCAUGCAGGAGCUGCUGUACUAUCGUAUGAGCACAGACAGAAGCCAUGAGGCAAAUCCCACUGUGAACAUCAGCUCACCUCCAGAUGUACCCAACAUGGAAAGAAAAUGAAGUCAAGUUCCUUCAGCACCUUCCAGUUUCCUGUGUCACUGCCACUGUCCAUUAUCAUGAAGUGGAAAAUGCAGCGAUUCGUUACCAUUUGAAGCUUCAUCUCAGCGCCUUUGUUGAGGGUUUGAGGACAUAAAGCACUUCAGGAGUGGUCUUGCAUCUUCUAUAAAGUACACUUCUGGAGCUCAAGCAAGAAACAACCAAGCAGACUUUCAGAGAAACAACGUAGAUGUAUCCUACAACAAGAGCUUCACUGUGUCAGAAUGCAAAAUCUGCUCUGCUCAUACCACAUACUGAGAUGCUGACCAUGUAAAAUAUAGUUUUCCUUCUGUAUUGAGGAAAAGAGAAACAAAUCACCCCUCAGAAUGACUAUCCUGGGCUUCUACAAGCUCAAAACAAGUGCCUCAAUCAAGCGCCAAUGUCAGAGUUCUAUUUAUACUGCCUCUCACCUCUUGGUUUUCUUGCCAAAGACGAGUUGCUUACUCAUUUGAUGCUUGCAUCAGGGUCGCAAGUCUCCGCACUCACAUAGGGUAACCUCAUUCUAUCUCCAUUUGAAUAAAAAGUUUUGGUUUUAACUGUUGGCUUUUAGAUUUCUGGUCCCAUUCAUUAUAGGCUUUUUUCAAAGCAGACACAGCACUGCAUUCGAAGAGCUUUGAUACUUUCUCUCAGUAAAAUGCGACCUUUUGAACUUCAAUUACUUUGUGUGUGUUCAGAUGUUACUGUGAAUGUCAUGUUGAACUUGUCGGUGCCCUCUAAUACAGUUACUGUUCUACAGCUCUCAAGAAUGUACCUUUGAACUUAAGUGCUAGUUUUCAGUAGAGUUACUGCCAUGUGUCAGUGCUCCAUCAGCUAAAGAUUCCAUGAAUCACCACAUGUUAAAGGGCUAAGGUUUGUCAACUAGCAGCCAAUUCCUUUAGCCUGCAAAAGCAAGUGUAGAAGUUCAGGCACCAACACAAUUUCUGCCUGAAAUAACUAUGAAAACUGAAAAGGUAUUUCUCAGAAUGUUGGCUAAAUGCACACCUGCGUUGGUACUGAAUUUCUUCUUUUGACAGCUCUUUGCCUGGUUGUAAAAACACUGGUUGCCUUUAAGCGUGACCUCAGGGACUUCCUCCCGAGCCCACAGGGUGCUAGUGACCUUCCUCAAGAGUACAAAGAGGAAGAAUGAGCCUGAAUAUUUGUGCCUUUAAUGUAGCAUAGAAUUAGUUUCUUAUGACACUGUGCCUUGAGUUGUCCUAUGCAACUGUAUACUGUAAUCAUACAAAGAACAGCAUCAACACUGGCCAUGCCAGCAAUAACUUGAACUGAAUGUGUAACUGUAUUUAACUUUAAUUAUUUAGAAUGUAGUGAAUAUUACUUUCCUUUUUUAUUUCAUGUAUUGGUUUGUACACUAUAUGACUGCUUUAUGCCAAAUAUAUAAAGGUUUUUAUGUAGGUCUGGUGUGAUUAAAGCUUGUGAACAAACUUCUACAGUACCUUUUAACAGUUUAGCCUUUAUUAAGAAACUCUGCAAAUGUUCCUAUGAAUGUUCAACUUUUGUCAGUAUCCUACACCUUUUUCUAAACCCAUGUAGUAUAAACUAUGGAGGUACUACUACCCAGUGCAACAGUUUCCUUACUCUUUCAACAGGCCAUAAUAAAAACCAGCAAAGCCAUGUGUUGUAUUUUAGAUGCUAGAAGCAGACCAUGAAUUCCAUGCUGGUCUGUUCCUUUUUUUUCAGCACCCUGCUAGGAAACGGCACAGACCAGCAUGGCUGAUCACCAGCAAAACCAGCAUAUGUAGAUGUCUAAUUAUGCUUAUGCUGUUUUCAUAAUCCUCGAAAGCUGAGCUAACACACUCUGUAAGAUGUAAGUUGUUAGCUUUCACAAUUAUUUGUUCACAUCACUUAUUUAAGGCAAAUGUAUGUAAAUGAAAGAAAACUAAAUUUAUCAAGAUGUUUACAAGUUGUAACCUUUGAAUGAUGUUUUAGGGGGCAACUGUUAGUGAUGUGUUUAUUUGAGCUUGUGUUUGUCAUCAUUUGUAAGAUACUAUACUAUCAAUAGCUUGGUAGAAAAAUAACACUGCAUAGUGUGUUUGUGUCUGCGUUUCAGUCUGUCAGUAAGGGGUCGUUGAGGGUUGUACUGUUGACUUUAAAUGUUAAGCAUGUCAGAAGAUACAAUGUAUUGUAAAUUUCCUUGAAAUGCUGUCAUGUAUAGAAGGCAUAGGGAAGAAAAAGAAAAAAAAACUGAGAACUCUAACAUGCUAAGACUAAAUGGCUACUAACUCUAGUGUAUAAG